CCUUUCUCAUGCACUCUGUCAGACGGACUUUGAAAAAGACGUGGACUUGGCUUGUCAGACAGAGAGAGGACACCCAUUCAUCUUCAAAGAGGUGAACACCUGUAACCCGGCAACCAUCACUGGUACCCUCUCCCGCAUCUCCCUCGACGACGAGGACGACCCCAAGCUGGCAGCCCACCAAGAGGGGGGGGUUGGGGUCAACUUCAGCUCCCUGCCCGGAAACAUCCCCCCUCCCAACCUCAUCGUCCAGGUGCCACCACUGGGGGGCCUGAACGAGCUGAGCGACACCCCCCUGAAGAAAGAGAUGAACGUGGAGCAGCAGAGACAGCAAGGUGGCCAGCGUAGCGGCGCGCCCGUCUACCUGUGCACCGAGAGCAGCCUGGGUUGGGCCCGCCAGCCCUCCAACCCCCAGGAGGGCAACGGAGGAGGUGGAGAGGGGGACUACAUGGUCUUACCCAGGAGGACAAUCAACCUCAAGCCCCCUCUGCCUCCCUCCUCCCAGGGGGCCUCAGCCUGGGCCUGGGGGGCGAGGACAAGCCCCUCAACAUAGCCGUGGAGGACCCCCCUUCCCCCCGCCCCCGUCGCCCAUGACCCUCCACCCGGCCGAGAGCGAGGCCUACCCGGCCGACUUCAUCUCCCCCGGCGACCACAACAUGAACAUCGCCAUGAACCUCAACCGCUCCUACGGCACCCUCAAGCAGCUCCCUCACGGGCACGGACACCUGCUGGCGCCCGCCGGCCUCGUGCACGCCCACGCCGGCCACGUGCACGCCCACGGGCACUCGCUGCAGCUGAAGCCGGGCCAGAGGCCGUCGGUGCGGCAGAUCCUGACGGGGGGCAGCACGGCGGAGCGGACCAGGACCCUGCCACGCAACCUGGGGAGCAGCAACACCAACGCCAGCCUCUCUGCUGGGUCCCUGGAGAGGAAAAGAGUACGGUACUCUGAACUGGACUUUGAGAAAGUGAUGCACACUCGCAAAAGACACUCUGAACUGUACCAUGAACUCAACCACUCCUCCAAGUUCCACACCAUAGACAGGUAUAGCAGAGACCCUGCCAUGUCCUCUUUCAAGGUACCCCCUCCCCCUCCUCCCAGACAAACCGAGCCACUGCUUGGUCGCAGCAUGUCGUUGGUUUACAAAGAGAGUCAACGUAAGCAUAAACAAGACAUAAACACGAAUAACCCCAAACCUAACCGUGCCGUCUGGGUUGGCUUUGAUGCAUGGUGACACUAUGCUUUGUAGCAUUUAGCGGUUCUGUCCGCAAGUCAGAUUAAAGCAGCACGGAGAUGAAAAUAUUAAUAAUAACAUUAAAAUGUGACCAUGGACUAAAACCAACUCAUCUAGUCAGACAUACUUCAUUGGUAGCACCAGAUUAGAUUUAUCCCUCCCUACAGUGAAGUGAACGUGUGUCCCGGAAAGUAGAUUGUCCCCCUGGUGGUGUGAUGGUGUAAUUGAUACACAAAGUGCUUAGCACCUUGUUCCCUGUGUGUUAUACAAUACUUGGAAAGCAGCUGCCCAGUCUAAAAUCAACUUGUCUCCUUCUUAGAGGUUUACAAAGGAUGGGAUGGAUUUAAGCAAUAAUGUCGCUAGAUAUCAAGUAGCCAAAUGGAUGGAUGGGUAAAGUUAGACCCAUCCAAACCUCUUUGUUAAAUGGGUCGUGCCUGAUUACAGACAGGGGGUUGAUAUUGGACUGGACACAUGUCUACCAUGUGAAGCCUGGGCGGGGGGGACGGGGGUAGGUAAUGUAUUUGACGUUGUGCUCAUUUCGACAACAGCUUCAUGUGUGAUAAGUCAUACAGGUGUUUUGUCCAUUUCAGUGCCUCGCGUUAAUGUGACCUAAACAGCAUAAAAGUCGCAAUAUAAAGCCAUCCAUAAGAACAAGCCAGUGAAACAAUCAAACAGGUUUAUAAUCAUCUCAUAAACUAUGAUCCACCGCCCAUAAAACAGCUUUUAAACCCAGGCACUAAAACGGACCCAACACAAUGUGUUCAGUGUGUAUCUGUGCAGUCAACCAUUGGUUAAUGCUAAGAGAGUUUCUUUUAUAAAGAGAGAAAAAGAAACAGUACAGGGGUCAGGCGAGAAUUUAUCCUGUAACACUCUACCCCAAAGGUAGAAGCCGAUGAGUGGAUAUUAUCAGACUAUCAUCAUCCCCAUUCACACUCUUAAAGCUUAUUUUGUGCUUUCCUCUCGCGCUCAUACACGUUCUUUUGAUGACUGCAGUGGGCUUAGAGCGCUCUUCGGCAUUACCAGGCACGUUCGAACUCAGGUGCAAUCAAUCGAACGGUCGCUGUUCCCUCGCGAGUUUCCUUUAUCCUCCGCAACCUUUUAUUUUACGGCCUCUGCUAUAUAAUGCCCUCUCUCUUCUUUCCCCGCGUGGUGUUACUUAUAGGGUGCUAGCGCGCCAUGCUAUUGGCGUAGCAGUGGUGCUGCGCAGGACGACAGAGAGGCAGUUAACCUCUAAGUGAUGACGGAGACGCUAGCUGAAUGGCGCUCGGCGCGGCAGUGCCCAUAUGGUCCCAAAUAGAUGGAGCCUGUGUUCCAUCUAUCGCUGGUAAUAGAGACACUACAAAUGAAUUGCGUCAGUGGCCUGUGGCUUGGGCGGAUAGCCGAGUAGGGAGGCUGACUGACUGCUGAAAUAUGUAUUAGCCGCAGCGCCUGCGCUAAUGUUUGGAUUCAGAAUGGCUUCUCUGUCUCCAUCACAUUACAUAUGGAGCCGGGCCAUUCACUCUUCUUCCCAUUCUCUAUCUCACUCUCUCUCUCCCUCUUUCUGUCUCUCUGUCUUCUCUACACACAGUUCAAGAGGUGAACACUGAAUUUCCGCACAGUGCCCAAUGACUCGGUGAUACAGCUCUAAAUGGCGUAGGGCUGUGUGUCUAUGCACUUGUGUGUUUGAGCUGAACAAAAGUCGGGCUCAAGCAUAUUUCAGGAGUCGCACUCGCAAUGAGCGUGUUUCCAACUCAUCGUUUUACAUGUUGCGGAUGAAAUGAGGCGUGUUUGGGUUCCCUCUGUAGAUAGCAGAGUUAUGUAGACAUCAGUGAGAUGAAGAAGAUCGGAAUGGCAUAUGGCUGUAUGAUAAUAGGAUAUGUGACUUACAGUAGCUAGACAUGGG